AGGCUCCAGGCUCUCAGCUGUCAACGCAGAGCCCAACACAGGGCUCAAACCCAUGAACCGUGAGAUCAUGACCUGAGCUAAAGUUAGAUGUGUAACCAACUGAACCACCCAGGUGCCCCUAUAUAUGGCAUUCUUGUCACCCACACAUGCUAGUCAUUGUUUAUCAUAUUAUGAUGUUUUCCUUGUAGAGUGUAACCUCCAUGAGAAUAAAUCUGAUCUGUGAAUUACUUUAUUCCCAGUGCCUGGAACAUGGUUUGUCACACAGUCACUGCUUACUGAACAGUUGUUGAAUUAAGUACAAUUGAAUAGACAGGGAAUGUUUUUACGGAGUUAAGGUGAUUUAUUUGCCCUUGUGAUAAUAUGAAAUGAUACAUGAAUUAUCUUUCUGUAUUUUCAAACACAGUAUUUUAUGUGAUGUUGCAAAUAUGGUUACUUUGGUCCUAGUGAAUUGAAAUACACCUGGUUAUGAAUUUGAACUGUUUUUAACAUAAGGGUCUUCUUGAACUGAAUCUUCAUGUUUUCAGCAUCUGGUAAUGAUCAUCUAUCAUAGCAGCUUCAUCUUCAGAAGUAGUGACAGAAAGCAAAGGGAAAAGCGUCAUGCCUCCUCUCAACACCUCUCGUCCCUCUCCUAUCACCUUCUUGCUGAUGGGCAUCCCAGGACUAGAGCACCUGCAUGUCUGGAUUGGGAUUCCCUUCUGCUCCAUGUAUGUGGUGGCUGUGGUGGGGAAUGUGACCAUCCUGGCCGUGGUGAAGGCAGAGCGGAGUCUCCAUGAGCCUAUGUUCUUCUUUUUGUGCAUGCUCUCCGUCACUGACCUGGUCCUCUCCACAUCUACACUGCCCCGCAUGCUUUGUCUUUUCUGGCUUGGAGCCCAUGACAUUACAUUUGAUGCUUGCCUGACCCAAAUGUUCUUCAUCCAUAGCUUUACCACCAUGGAAUCGGGUUUUUUCCUGGCCAUGGCCAUUGACCGUUACGUGGCCAUUUGUCAUCCACUGCACCACACUACCAUUCUCACCCAUGCGCGCAUCACCAUGAUGGGUAUUAUUGUGGUGAUUCGGGGCGUAGCCUUCUUUUCUCCACAUCCCAUCCUGCUCAGGCAGCUGCCCUACUGCAGAACACGAACCAUUGCCCACACCUACUGUGAGUUCAUGGCUGUGGUGAAGCUGGCAUGUGUGGACACAGGAGCCACCACACGUUAUAGCCUCAGUGUGGCUUCUAUCAUUGGCUCAUGUGAUGCCAUUCUCACUGCUGUAUCCUAUGCCUUCAUCCUGCGCUCUGUAUUCCGCCUGCCAUCCCGAGAAGCUAGCUUUAAGGCUCUGGGCACAUGUGGAUCACAUGUCUGUGUUAUUCUUGUCUUCUAUUCCACAGCUGGUUUUUCCAUUUUCACUCACCGUUUUGGGAAAAAUGUGCCUGCACAUGUCCAUAUAUUUAUUGCAAAUAUGUACCUUUUGGUGCCCCCUUUUCUCAACCCCAUUGUGUAUGGAGUAAGGACUAAGAAAAUACAGGAGCAUGUUCUUAGAGCACUAAAGGUCAAAGUUGUCUGAUUUUAGCUUGAUCAAUAGAAGAGAUGGCUCAAGAUAUAUAGAAAUACCUAGAAAUCAUCUAUAUAUAGAAAUAUAUAGAGAUGAUGUAGGGAAAAUAAUUAACUGUUCUUAUUCCCACAGGCUGAAUUGCAUUUACCACCUGAAAGUUGUUAUUUAUCAUAUGUCUAGAAUUUCUAAGAAUAUUAACUCAGCAAAUUAUUUUACCUUUUUUAUUUAAUAAAUAUUGGUGAUGAAUUUGUUCAUCUCAUUCUGAAUAUGUACUUUUCAGAGGGAGUUAUAAUACAGAAUGAACAGUAGGUACAAGGAGAAACAAACCUAUGAAGAUACUUAGGAAAAAAAAAAGGAAGAGGUCUCUGAGAUCUAUAUGCUGAAUUUUAUAGAGUAGUAAGCAAAAUAAUAUUGAGGCAUAUAUAUAGCUGUGAUUUUUAAAAACAGGUAAUAAAUGUUGUACCUCUAGUCAAAUUAUAUCAAAUUAAUGUCUCAAGGUACAUGAAUAGACUAAUAAUGCACAAAGACUUAAAAAUGUAAGUAAGAAGAAAUGAUCACCCAGUCAAGGAAAACAAAAAUAUAAAAAUAAAAAUUAAAUUCAGAAACGUGUUUGUGUGAAAAUACCAACAUUGGUAUUAGGGCUUCUAUGGUUUCUAGAGCAAUUUUGAUAGAGGCACGGGGUACUUCAUAUGCUGGAUUCUACUGACUGCUAAAGUAUAGUUCCAUAUAUUUUAAAUUUGAUUGGUAGUAGUUAUAAUAAACCACCAGGCUACCAUGUAUAUUCAGUUUUCCCUAUUGAUUAGUUGACUUUGAACUUAAUAUCAAGACCCAGAAUGUGAAAUCUGUUAUUAACAAAUUUAAAUAUUUCCCCCUUUUAUUACCCCAAUAUCUAAGACUAUCUUCUUUUCUUGUUCAUUUUCCUCAGCUUUCACUAUAUGUUUCUCAUCUUUUAAAAAUAUUAUUUAAAAACUAGCAGCCGUCUGAAAAGGGGAGUGAUAUUUGUGCUGUGAAACUUUUUCUCACUCCUUAUGUCUUUAUCCUACGAACUUAACAUCCAUAGCUAGGCACAAAGACUAACAUCUCUGCAUUCACUAACACUCCAUAUGUAAUUUAACUAUAAGUAGAGUGUACAUUUUUCUGUUUUGGAAAACUGCAUACAUUUGGCAUUAUUCCUUUGACAUCAUGGAUGCAGGACUAGAAGUUUGAGGGCUAGUGUAAUACAUUUAAUUUGGACAUGGCAGGUUUGAGAUUCACGUGGAAUAUUGAAUUGUAUAUGUCCUAAGGGAGAAGGUCUUAGUUAAGGUAAAUAUUCACAUGUUUUGAACAUAUAAGUGUGGUGGUCUGGCCAAUUACGAGUAAAUUCACUCAAGCAGCAGUUGCAGGAUGAAGAAAACAGACAAUCUGAAAACAUGCUGAAAUUUUCGCUUCCAUGCCCAUUCACCUACAUUUGCCUAAGACAUUCUUUUAUUUAUUUAUUUAUUUAUUUAUUU